AUGUUGUCCCCGGCUUCGUUGGCGCUUGUCGGGCUCGUCGGUCUCGCGGCCGCGCAGUUUCCGCCCAUCCCCGAGGGAGUCAAGGUUCUCAAGUCCAAAUUUCACGAAAACGUGACCAUCUCAUACAAAGAGCCCGGUAUCUGUGAGACCACGCCAGGAGUCAAGUCGUACGCCGGAUACGUGCAGCUGCCAUCAGGAACUCUGGAUGACGUCGACGGCGAAGCGCAAGACUAUCCAAUUAAUACAUUCUUCUGGUUCUUCGAAGCGCGCAAAGCCCCCGAAAAUGCCCCCUUGGCGAUCUGGCUCAACGGCGGACCGGGCGGCUCUUCCAUCAUGGGCCUCCUCGAAGAGAAUGGCCCCUGUUUCGUCAACGAGGACUCCAAGACGACCCGCCUGAACCCUUGGAGCUGGAACAACGAAGUCAAUCUCCUCUACAUCGACCAACCGACCCAGGUCGGCUUCUCCUACGAUAUACCAACAAACAUCACCAUCCACGCCGUCGAUGGCCCCGAAUUGGGGUCGUUGAGAAUGUUCCCCGCCGACUUCAGCGACGGCGUCCCCGAGAGCAACUACACCUACAGGUACGGCACGGCAUCCAGCCAGAAGCUGACGCACACGUCGAAUACCACGGCGCAUGCUGCGCACGCCCUGUGGCACUUUGCGCAGACUUGGUUCUUUGAGUUCCCCGGUUACAAGCCCGUCGACGACCGGGUCAGCUUGUGGGCGGAGUCGUACGGAGGUCACUACGCGCCCGGUAUCUUUCACCACUUUCAAACGCAGAACGAGUUGAUCCAGAAUGGCUCUUCCCCCGAGAAGAAUGCGCAGUACAUUCAUCUUGACACGCUUGGAAUCGUCAACGGUCUUAUUGACUUGUCGAUUCAAGGCGAGGCUUGGAUCACAUUCGCAUACAACAACACUUAUGGAAUCCAAGUGUUUAACGAGUCCAUCUACGAAGAGUCGAUAUACAACUGGACCCGGCCAGACGGCUGCAAAGACCGAAUCCUCGACUGCCAGGAGGCUCUAAAAGAGCAUGGACCGCUGAUCGCAAACGGCGUCAAGAAGAACUACACUGAAAUCUGCGGCGACUUCCUCGUCGAGUGCGGCUUCAAUGCUGUGUCGCUGUACCAAACCGUUCCCAACGGGAGGGGAUGGUACGACAUUGGACACGCCAAACACGACCCAUUCCCGGCCCCGCACCUGUACGGAUAUCUCACCCAAGGCGAAGUCUUGUCCUCUCUUGGCGUGCCCGUCAACUACUCGGAAUCGUCCGGGGCGGUUAGCGAGGGCUUUGGCCAUACUUUCGAUCUUCUCCUGGGCGGAUUUAGAGAGUCAAUCGGGUACCUCCUCGAUAGCGGAGUCAAAGUUCACAUGAUGUAUGGAGAUCGCGAUUACGCCUGCAACUGGGUCGGCGGCGAAAAAGCAAGCCUUGCGAUCCCAUACAACCGAUCGACAAACUUUGCGAGCGCAGGCUACGCCCCGCUCAUCACGCCCGACGGCGUGACGGGUAUGACGCGCCAGUUUGGCAACUACAGCUUCUCGCGCGUCUAUCAAGCCGGCCAUGAGGUGCCGUCCUACCAGCCAGUGACGGCGUACGAGAUCUUUAUGCGGGCGACGUUCAACCGGGACAUCGCCACGGGGCUAGUCCCCGUCACCGACGAGCUGUCGACGAUCGGCGUCAAGGACACGUGGCACAUCAAGAACAUCCCGCCUCAGGAGCCGGAUCCGAUUUGCUAUGUGCUCAAGCCCGAAUCGUGCCCUCCCGAGGUGUGGAAGACGGUAGAGGACGGGAGUGCUUUGGUGAGGGAUUACUACGUUAUUGGCGUUGCUGGAGAUGAAGACCAGAAACAGCAGAUCUCCGAAGAACUGUGA